CUUGUUUCUCUCUCAUCGCCACUUUGUCCCCAAAAUCCAAACCUAAUCCUCCAUACUACCUCUUAUAUUCUUCUUCAGUAUCACUUUCUCAUCCUCCCCGUCCUCCUCAUACAAUACUCUGGGCCAAAGAAAAUGCCAUCAGAAUCUCAGCUUCGCACUCUCUCUACGACCCUUCUCAAUGCCUGCAAACAGGGCUCCCUGGCUACCGUCCGUUCAACGGCACCGAUUCUCUACCCAUCUGCAACUCCGCCUACUUCUAGUGCCGUGAUGCCACUCUCAUAUGCCCUUGCUACAGCUGCUCGACAUGGUCGUGCCGAUGUACUAAAGUAUAUGCUCACAUCGCUUCCCGCGUGUUCUACAUCACGGCGGCCUUGGAGCCCACUAAUGGACCCGUCAGUAUCUAUUGAUAAGGCAUGGGAAGAUGCACGAUAUAGCGAUCUCGUUAUUAUGCGCGCUGUUCAGUCUUCGUCAACAGGCGUAGUUCAAGCGCUGCUGGAUGCUGGCAUGCAUGUUGACCAAGAGAUUGACAAGGUUGGCACACCACUCUCACUGGCUAUCGCAACGCAGAAUGUCGAGAUGGUUCGUUUCUUACUUGGAAGAGGUGCAAAUGCCAAUGGAAUGGAAUGGCUACCGCCAGUGACAUUCUUGGCCAGGGCUGCUUCAUUCAAGUCCCAGCAGAUUUUGCUCUCGCUAUUGGACCAUGGGGCCAAGGUACACGGAUCGUCGGCUCUGUAUAAUGCUGCAGAAUAUGGACAUAUUGACAAUGUAGAAUUAUUGUUGGCUCGCGGAGCUGACCUUGAUGAACUUGCCAUGAUCGAUUAUGGUCUAAAGAGUCGGCAUAAUGCAGGCACAGCGCUGCAUGCAGCGGUGGAGAAUGGCCAAACUGAGAUAGUUCAAAUUCUACUGAAGCGAGGCGCUAAGACAGACAUCAAAGACGCGGAAGGAAAGACAGCAAGAGAUCUUGCUCUGGAAACAGAAUGUGCUGAUAUUGUGCGUGCUUUCGAUGAAGCAGCCCAACAGAGCUGAACGAUGGAAUGCCAACACUUCCUGCAGUUAGCGAAAUAUUUGUACUAUUAAAACUUCGAAGACAGACAAAUCCCAAGCGUCCAUGUGAUAAAUGAUGACUUCCAGAGCAAUUGGUAACGCUUACCUCGGUUUUACAGGAAGUUGUCUCGGAAACCGGUCGUUUUCGUUGUUUGGCCAUCUUACUCGGAUAGCUUGUGGAACAUCGUGAUUUCGAUUCUUGUGAUGACAUAUCAAGCUACACACCGAAUUCGACCGAGGUAAAUUUACAUAGCGCGGAUUUCAUUGUUUUGCACUACCUAGGAUCUAUUCGUUAAUAUUCUAUGAUAACUUUGGCCGUUCCCCUUCACUGAAUGGUAAAGCGUUCGAUGAUACUAAGCUCCCAUCGUU